AAUUAAGAUAGCCGAAAUAGAAGGGAUUUUAAGUAGUACGGUAGAAGAAAAUCUCUGCUCUGUAGUUUGUCAAAAGACGUACGAUGAUGUUGUUCGAGGUGUGUGAGGCAAAACAAGAAAGAGAUAGACGAAUGAAAAUGUCUGUUCUUAAAGCCGCCCCAUAAGAAAAUUGAAGUCUCCUUCUGAGAAUUGCUGAAGAAUUGCUUUAUGCUUUUCCUUCCUUAUAAAGGUCCGUUAAAUAAAAUUUGAGUUGAUUGAUAAAUCUACUGACAUCCUCAUUUCUUAUUAGCCAGCAAGAAUUCAUCUUUGCUGCAUAUUUUCAUAUGAUUCUACAAAUUUGAGCAAUUGGGUUCAAUAUACAGUAGCCUUCAAGUGAAACUAAUUUGAUUUCAUAUGUUCUCCGUGGCAGUAGUGGCAGAGUAUCUGGUUGAUGUUUUGAUGUUAUUCUACUAUUUAAAUUAAUGGGGUUCUUAAAUAAGAGCUUAAAAGACAAGUCAUGUUGAUUUUAUUUACUUUUUUGAGUCCGUAAUAAUCUGAUCCAAAAUUUGAACUUUAUGGGUUCGGGAACGCACUGAACCCACUGGCCAUUUGAGUUACUGGGUUCGAAAUUUGAUACUUGUACAUAUAAGAGUGAGCCAAAAUUACUAUGUUCGACCGAACUCGCAUCUCAUACUGCAUAUGUACAUCCGCCCCUACUAGUUGGUAUAUAUGUAAGUGCUGAUUAGGAAUGGCAACUCAGAUUUAUGUGAAAAGCCAGAGAAAUGGGUACUUGAGUUUGUGGGAUGCAAUGUUUAGUCUUCGUAUUCGGCGAAGGUUUUCUCUUUGGUCAAUGAAGAAAGAUCCAGAUCUUGAAGCUGCAUUACAUAGAAACCGUCGAUGGAUAGUGAAUAAUCAGAUUAAGAACAUUGUUAUGAGAUGUCCUAACCAGGUUGCAUCAGUAAAAUACCUGCAGAAGAAGUUCAAGACUCUUGAUCUUCAAGGCAAAGCUCUAAAUUGGCUAAAAAAGUAUCCUUGUUGCUUUGAAGUCUACCUUGAGAAUGAUGAGUACUAUUGUGGGCUGACUAAAAGAAUGAUGUUUUUGACUGAAGAGGAAGAGUCUGUUAAGGAUAUGCAGGAACCGAUAUAUGCUGAGCGAUUAACAAAGUUGUUGAUGAUGAGCCGUGAUCGAAGGCUGAAUGUUAUGAAACUUAACGAGUUGAGGAGGAAUUUUGGAUUUCCUGAUGAUUAUUUGCUCAGGAUUGUACCCAAGUACCCUCAAAUAUUUAGAGUUGUUAACCACACCGGGAGACGGAGUUCAAUGGAGAUUGAGCUCACAGCCUGGAAGCCUGAUUUAGCUGUUUCUGCAAUCGAAAGAAAGGCCAUGAAGGAUGGUCGAGAGCCAGGUUUCCCGUGCUCUUUGCCUCCGACUUGGGUCAAAUCAUGGGAAAGAUUUGAAGACUUUAAUUCUACUCCAUAUAUUUCACCUUAUUUGGGACUUAAUGGUUUAGUGGAGGGCUCAAAGGAAAUGGACAAGAGAACCGUGGGGGUAGUGCAUGAAUUACUGUCAUUGACCUUGUGGAAAAAGGCAUCAAUUUUCAAAUUGGGCCAUUUUAGAAGGGAAUUAUGUUUACCAGAGAAAUUAAAUGUUUUUCUGCUCAAACAUCCUGGAAUAUUCUAUGUUUCUAACAGAUACCAGACCUAUACAGUUCUCCUCAGGGAAGCAUAUAAUGGGUCAGAACUGAUCGAAAAGGACCCUCUUGUUGUUGUUAAGGAGAAGUUUGGAGAAUUAAUGCAGGAGGGACUCCAUGAAUAUAAUCGCAGACAUUACCUAUUGAAUUUAGAAAAGAAGAGGAAUAAAGGCAUGAUAAUGCCAAAGCCAGAGAAAAGAAGGAACCAAAGCGAUGAAACAUCAGAACAAGAUAAGGAAGGAGGAGGAGAUCUAGGCGGCAUAUUUGAUCCAGAAGAGAGGAAGCGGUUUUACAAAGUACUGUUUGAUGACAAUGCUCCAUAAGCAACGGAAGUAGUAACAUACCCAUACUAACAUCAGUGAUACAGGGAAAGAGGAGGGUUGAAUGAGUGCAAUUUUGUUAAAAACAUGGAACGAAAGCUAGAGUUUUCUUGUAUUCGCCACAAAAGACUCCUUGGAGUCUUGUUAUCCAGACUCCUGUUCACCUUGAGUACCACUUUCAUUAUUGGCCUUCAAAUUCUGAGACAUAGAAACCAUGCUCAAACCUGUGAAUUUGAUGCUUAACCAUAUCUGUUUUUAACACCUGGGCUUUAGAUAACAUUAGUUACGAAGACUUCGAGCUUACUAUCUUUCCCCCAUCA